GACGGUCAUGCUCGCAGCUCGCACAUUGCUUUCGCGCACGCCGACCGGAGUAGUUGUCCGUCGUCAGCACUCGUUUCCUGUCCGCUCGUCACGUACUCACGUCCGACUCUGCUCUCCGUGUCAUCGUCCAUCGAACGUGCAACGACAGCCGUCUUCUAUUGUACACGCUCACACUCACACGUGCGUAUUUUCAUAACUGCAGAAAAUCACCGACAGCCAUGUCCGUCGAUUUGAAUACCGUAGUUCCCGUGAACGGUCUCGACGACUAUAACGCACAGUCGCCAAAGGACGACGCCGCUGCUACUGCGUUACCUGAACAACCAUCGUCAUUGAACGGUGUAGCCCUCAGCUCGUCGCAGUCGAUGGAAGUUGAGGUAUCGUCCGAAAACGACGACGACGUCUCUGCCGCAGCUGUGGACCCAGUGGAUGUUGUACCAGACUUGAACGUCGCAGGCCCUACAAGCUCUAGUGAUGAUGUGCCAGAAAAUGAAAUUAAUCAGGAGGUUGUUGAUUUGGGUACCGAUCCACAUUUUUAUGAAGAUAAUAAAAAAAAGGUUGGUUAUGAUCGUGGGCUUGAACCUGAUCACAUUGUUGGAGCAACCGAGAAGAAUGGUAAAUUAAUGUUUUUAAUUGAAUGGAAAAAUUCAAUUGAUGGGGAAGCUGAUUUAGUGGAGGCAAAGGAAGUCUAUAAAAGAAGUCCUCAAAUAGCCAUCCAGUUUUUUGAAAAAAGAAUCUGUUUUAUUCACUCCUCUAAAAAAACGUAAUUAAUAUCUUUAUGCCCAUGUAUAAACAAAUAGUGAUAAUUUAAUUAAACACCUUUUUUAUUAGUACAAAAUAUUUUAACUUUGAGUCCUAUGUAUUUGAAUUUUUUUGUGAUAUACAUUAUUUUUAAUUUUUUUUUUUUUCUAAGAAUUCACUGUUUUAUGAUUAAUGCAAUUUAAAAUUUUUGUGUUUUAUGCCGCUGGCAUUAUAUAUAAGAAAGCCAUAUCUGAUGGUUUAUGACAAAAUUAUUUUUUUUUAUAAAUAUUUUAAUUUUGUGUCCUAUUUAUUUAAAUUUUUUUGUGAUAUACACAUUAUUUUUAAUUUUUUUGUGGCCAAUUAUUUUUUUUUUUUAAGAAUUCACUGUUUUAUGAUUACAAAUACAAUAUGUCGAUUUUUAAAUUAUAUAUGACUUAACAUUA